CUCCUAAGUUAGACUGUGUGUGACAGGGACGAGGGGAUGAGCUUUGUUUCUGUGAAUUUCUGGGUCAGGAUUUUUUGAGCAUGAUUUGUAUAAUAGGUAGACAGACAGAGAGAGAGUGAAAGAUGAGAGUUUAUGUUAUGAUGGAUUUCGUUCUUGCUGCUGAUGCUCUGCACAGGGUCUAACUCAGGAUCCAGUCCUGCGUGAGGCUUCUCUGUUCCAUCAUCCGUGUGUGUGUGUGUGUGUGUGUGUGUAUCUGGAAACACAGGGAUCAUGAGCUCAAAGGGGGCAAACCUGCACAACAAACGUCAGCCAUCUGAAACGGAGAAUGCUCUGAGGCUUCCGGACAUGGACGCGGCCCAGCAGCUGAGGCUCAGAGAAAGACAGCGCUUCUUCGAAGAGGCCUUCCAGCACGACGUGGACGUUUACUUCUCCUCGGCACACUUGCAGAUUGAUUACAAGAGGGCUCCCAUGAGCAGCAUUUCGUCCAUGGAGGUCAAUGUGGACAUGCUGGAGCAAUUGGACCUUCUGGACAUCUCAGAUCAGGAGGCCCUGGAUGUUUUUCUGGCCUCGACUGAGGAGGACGAAGCAUGUUCGUGUCCACUAGAAGAUCUCGGUGGCAGUGGAGACAUUGAUGCGUCACUGAGGGAAGAAAUCUCCAUGAGGGUCGCAGACACCAGCGAGCUCAAAUCACGGAUAUCCUCCACUUCCUCCACCGCCACCUCUGACAGCCAAGAGGAGGACGGAGCAGAAACCCCCGUGGUCCAGUCGGAUGAUGAGGAUGUUCAUGAUGAUGAUGAUGAAGAGCUUUUGAGAAAUGGGACACCUCCAGCCAACAGUGCGGGAAAAGAGUCUGAGCUGUCCCUAUGAACGGCGUCACUUCUUACUACUGAUGAAUCGUGUACCCAAGUGUUUAUGUGCUGUUAAAGACUUUCUCUGGUAGGUCGCCUGGGUUCUUCGUACCGUAAACUUAAAACGGAUUCUAGUGUGCGCGUAUCUCUUCGUCUGCGAUGAAAAUUUCCGUUCACCUGACCUGCUGCUGUAGAUAACAGUGCUUGUUUGCGUAUAUGGUUCAUCUUGUAUUACUUUUUAAUGACUGUAUGAUGGGAGAAUAGAAAAACAUAUACAAUUAAUGAUGCAGAUAUUCAAAAGUACUAUUUCUAUUUGUAAGAAGCUUAGUUCCUCAGUCACAUAACAUGUGCAUUACUAUCUUCAUGCCUCUGUGUUUUUUCAUGCCUUCAAGUCUUGUCUUGACUCAAUCUCCACAAAACUUUACUUUUUAAUAUCAAAAUAAAGACAAAUUCAACUUUGGGAA